CGUGGCUCCGUAUCGCCUGGCUGUGGUAGCAAGGCUGUUGCCGCUAUCGGUGAAGUACGUGGCAGAAAGCUUUCGAUAUGGAGGCUACUGCUCUGGUCGCCUUGACCCUGCUGCUGGGUGCACUGGUAGUUCUGGUUGCAUUAGCGGUGGGCAGACGAAAGGAAGAGAUACGAGAGGAAAUAGAGCAGCAGGCGGCGGAGUUUGCCGCUGAAAGUAGUGUUGUGAAGGGCGCCGCAUCCAAGAAACCGAAGCAGGAGAAGCAGCGGAGCCGUAAGGACAAGGCUUCGCAGCACAGUUUCAGCCAUCCACUGUUGGCAGCCUCAUUGAAGGGCCACAGUGCAAAUGUGACAUGCAUUGAUUUCAGUAGUAACGGCAAGUACCUGGCGUCCUGCGCUGACGACCGCACCGUCAGGAUCUGGAGCACCAAAGACUUCCUGGAUCGGGAACACAAGUGUCUGAGAGCCAAUGUGGAGCUGGAUCAUGCUACACUGGUCCGCUUCAGCCCGGACUCCAGGGCGUUCAUCACCUGGUUGGCCAAUGGAGACGCCAUUCGAAUCUUCAAAAUGACAAAGAAGGACGACGGCACGCUAAACUUCAAAUCUGCGGCUGAAGACUUCCCACAGAAACACAAAGCCCCCAUCCUCAACAUUGGCAUUGCAGAGACAGGCAAGUUCAUCAUGAGCGCCUCCACCGACACCUGCAUCCUUAUCUGGGACCUGAAAGGGGAAGUACUGGCCUCUAUCAACACCAACCAGAUAACCAAUUCUUACGCUGCCAUCUCUCCGUGUGGCAGGUUUGUAGCAUCUUGUGGCUUCACUCCCGACGUGAAGGUGUGGGAGGUUUGCUUCGGGAAAGGAGGAGAGUUCAAAGAGGUGGCGCGAGCUUUUGACCUGAAGGGCCACUCUGCAGGAGUUCACGCAUUUGCCUUUUCCAAUGACUCUCACAGAAUGGUGACUGUCUCCAAAGACGGUACAUGGAAGUUGUGGAACACAGACGUGGAGUACAAAAAGCAGCAGGAUCCCUACCUCCUUAAGACCGUCCCCUGUGUGUCAUCUGAAGGGAGCCUGGUGGCCUUGUCUCCAGACGGCCGGGUGGUGGCCAUCAGCGACGGCUGUAACCUGGCCAUGUACAACGCUGCCAGCGGCCAGCUGGAGGAGGAAAUGCACGGCGUCCACAGCGAGGAGAUCAACGACCUUAGAUUUGAUGUUAACGGACGCUACCUGGUGUGCAGCGGCGACAAGGCCAUCCGAGUGUUUCACAACGCCCCGGGCUACCGGGCAGCCAUCAGAGACAUGCAGGACAUGCUGAAGAAAGCCCAGAAUGAAGCCAUGAAGCAGAGACUGCAGCAGCAGAUAAAGGAGGCUCAGAGUGCGCUGGACACUGUGCUGGCAGCUCCUGUCGACUGAGGGAACCUUAGGAAACCACAAUGUGUCUGAAUCAGACAGCUGAUUUUUGUUUUUGUUUGUUUGUUUGUUUCCGCUGCAGCCUCAACUCUUCCUCUGCCGCUAAAUGAUCUAGUCAGAGAUUGAAGGAAUUUGCAUGCAGUUUUAGUAAAGAAAAUCUUUUUAUGGAAAAAUAAAAUGGUUUGAGUUCA